AUACAACAUAGUGAUUCAGUAUUUUUAUAGGAAAGAAGUAUUCUAAAGAACCACCCGGUUUGUUGAGAUAACAGAAAUUCCAAGUUUAAAAUCAAAUUGUGCCAUGCUCACCCACUACCUUCUCAAAUAUAUAAAGUAACUUGGUUUCAGAGCCAGUUUGUGUCCUUAGUUUUUUCCCAGAGAUUAGGUAAGGUUUUUUGUUUUUUAAAACAUUAGUGGGUCUGUAGAUUUUGUGAAAAUAUUUUCAGUUAAUCUCUGAGUUCCCCAAAGCUCAAAAUGGCUAAACACCAACCACUGCUUAACUGGGUUGCUGUAAACAAAGCCCAAGAUGAAACCCCUGUGUAUUUGCUGCAGAUUCCCAGGUACCUCUCAAGUGCAGGAAUAAGCUCAGAAAAGGUUUAAUAAGUUUAUUAAGUAAUCAUCCGUUAAAAGGCUCAUGCACUACUUGUGUGCUGCAUUAGGACAAGUGCCUGCCUCCUUACUGCAUUUAGCACUGCUUGGAAGAGGGUGAACCCUAGGAUUUAGACCCCACUCAGAUGUUUAGGCAGAAGAAUUUUGUCAGGAAAAAAAGGUUGCAGAACUACAUAAAAGAUUAUCAAUCAGAAGAUAUCAGGCUAUUAUAUUUUUUCUGAUGUCUAAGAAGAAUAUCCUCAAGCUGAAGAAUGGAUUGUUUCACUGGUACUAUUGGACUAUUGCCCAGAAGAAAAGAUGUUUGGUUUUCACAAGCCAAAGAUGUACCGAAGUAUAGAGGGCUGCUGUAUUUGCAGAGCUAAAUCCUCCAGUUCUCGAUUCACUGACAGUAAACGCUAUGAAAAGGACUUCCAGAGCUGUUUUGGGUUACAUGAGACUCGUUCAGGAGACAUCUGUAAUGCCUGUGUCCUGCUUGUGAAAAGAUGGAAGAAAUUGCCAGCAGGAUCAAAAAAAAACUGGAAUCAUGUGGUAGAUGCAAGGGCAGGACCCAGUCUAAAGACUACACUGAAACCAAAGAAAGUGAAAACUCUAUCUGGAAACAGGAUAAAAAGCAACCAGAUCAGUAAACUGCAGAAGGAAUUUAAACGUCACAAUUCUGAUGCUCACAGUACCACCUCAAGUGCCUCUCCAGCUCAAUCUCCUUGUUAUAGUAACCAGUCAGAUGAUGGCUCAGAUACAGAGAUGGCUUCUGGCUCUAACAGAACGCCAGUGUUUUCCUUUUUAGAUCUCACAUACUGGAAAAGACAGAAAAUAUGCUGUGGCAUUAUCUAUAAAGGCCGUUUUGGGGAAGUCCUCAUUGACACACAUCUAUUCAAGCCUUGCUGCAGCAAUAAGAAAGCAGCUGCUGAGAAGCCGGAGGAGCAGGGGCCAGAGCCUCUGCCCAUCUCCACUCAGGAGUGGUGACUGAGGUUUAUGUAGAAGGGGAACAAAAAAUGAUUUAAAUUUUGGAAAACACCAACAAAAUGACCUUCCUAUUUUUAACUUGGAUAUCUGUUAUUCUGCCAAAAGAUGAUUUCUAGAAUAGUUUUGAGUGGGUUAUUUUCCCUCCAGUUCCACGAAGUCUGAAGCCAGUAUCUAGCUUACUAAAAGAAAAAGAAGUGUACAUAAUAUUUAAGAUGCUGAGUAUUUCAUAGGAAAGCUGAAUGCUGCUGUAAAGUGCUCUUUAAGGCUUUUUAAAAAAAUCCCCUUCUAAUGAAUGAAAUCAGGGGAAUUUCAGGGGACAGAGAUGGGAUUUGUUGUAUGAUAAACGUAUGUAGUUUUAGUCUUUCUAUAUUGAGAAGCAGUGGUUGGGGCAUUUUUUAAGAUGGCUGGCUACACUUGUUUUCCUUCGUUAUAAUAAAUUUGUCAUAACUCAGUAAACACAGACUUGCCCCUAGAGGUAGCUGUUAAUAACUUUGAAAUAUUAAGGUGUUGCCAAGGUUCUGAUGAUUCAAACCUGUACUACUGAAUAUUAAGCAGGACGGACUAAGCUCUCUAGUGCGAAUAUCGUGAAGGAGUAAUUUCUAAAUAUACAGAGGUAACUUGACUGUAUAUGUUGCAUCCUGUGUCACCUCCCUCCAUAUUGAUAUUUGAUAAAGUUUUUAAUUUAUAUGAAACUUCUAAAGCAGAAUCAAAGUUCCUCUUGGGGAAAUGUCAAAUCUUUAGGAUAGGCAAUCCUAUAUGAAUAGUACCAAAGCAUUACCCCUUGGUAGAGAAUGCACUCUAUUAAAAAUGUUAAAUUAUCUGAAAAAUAAAGUGUGCAAGUCUUCAGGAUGGCACAUGAAAAACACAAAGGUUAAUGCUUCUUGGGGCACAUUUCUUAGAGGGCUUGCAAGUGUGUAAAUAAUUUGUUUAUGUUACAUGACUGGUGACUUCAUUGAAAAUCUGCACAAUUCAGUUUUAGCUCUGGAUUACUUCGGUUGACCUUUGUGAAGGUUUUAUCUGUGUAGAAUGGUUGUUUGACUUGUUUUAACCUAUUAGGGUUUUGGGUUUUGGGUUUUUGUUUUUUAUUUUUCAUUCUAUAUUAAAGUAAAAUUCUACUAAAAGAAAAGAGGUGUGUGUUAAUGCUGAGUGGGUUGGUUUUGGUUUGGUUUCUUUUAGUCAGGCUUUCUGAACAUUGAGGUGUUAGAUGAUACAUCCUAAACGUGGAGCUCUUCAACUGUAAAACCUUCAUUAAAAGCCUUUUACUUGAACCCAAACCAAAGUACUAUCUAUUGCCUCUUUUCUAAAAGUUCAGGAAGAAUAUAUCAGCAGUUCAGACUUUUCAUAAUGCGGGAGGAUCAUUUGCCUACCUUGUAAUAACAUGACUCAGUGCUUAUUUUUAAAACUGGAUUUUAAAGAUUGGAUAGUAUAAGUAACAAGAAGGAGUGAGCCAAUUUUUAUGGGUACCCUAUAGUUUUAUAGUUCUUAAUCUAAACUUAAAAUUUUAUAUUUCUUCCUUUGGAAAAAACUACAAGCCACCAUAUGCACAGACUACAUAGUGAGUUGGGUCAGCUCUCCCACAGACUUUGAGGUGUAUUACCAGAAUCCCAGCCAUUAUCAUCUUCCUCCUGAGUUAUUUUGAAAUGGUUUUUUUCUCUCUCUGUUUUUUUUUUUGUACAUUUUGGCUGCAGUAUUGGUGGUAGAAUAUACUAUAAUAUGGAUCAUCUCUACUUCUGUAUUUAUUUAUUUAUUACUAGACCUCAACCACAGUCUUCUUUUUCCCCUUCCACCUCUCUUUGCCUGUAGGACGUACUGUACGUAGUCAUGCACUUUGUAUUAAUAUAUUAGAAAUCUACAAAUCUGUUUUGUACUUUUUAUACUGUUGGAUACUUAUAAUCAAAACUUUUACUAGGGUAUUGAAUAAAUUUAGUCUUA